AUGGACAAUCCAGAUAACUAUAUUGUUAAUAUUUUCAAAAAUGAAAUCUAAAUUAAAAGGAUUAGAAAAGGUAUUCCUUAAUUAUAUAUAUAGAAUUAAAAUAAUUAGAAAUUUUAGAUAGGAAGGAAUUCAAAAUUACUUUUAAGCAAUUGUCUAAUAAUUUACAAAUCAUUGUACUUAUUAUACAUUAUAUAGGUUGAAAUGUAACCAGUUGUACCAUUAAAUUAAGGUAAACCUAUCAAAUUUUGCUUAUAUCUUGAUAAUAAAUUCCCAUUUGUAUUUCCUAGAGUUCAUGUUCUUAGUCAUGUACAAAUCAAAUUAUAUAAACUUAGUUAACAAAACCCACUUUUGCUGAUGGAAGAGACUAUAUUGAAGAUGUUUUACAUUAAUAAUGGAGUCCAUCCAUUUUAUUAAAUGAAAUCAUUCAAAAAUUUCCUUAAUUCCUAGUAACUCUAUGAAUAUUCUAUAAUUAGGAUUAAGUGAGACGUUGUAAAGAUGAUAGAGAUCAGUUAUUAUCUUUAGGCAAAUAUAAUUAAGAUUUGGAAUAUGAAGGAUAAUUAGGUUUGGAAGAUGUUGAAUAUUUUUGUUGUAAAGAAAUAAUUGAUGGAAAAUCUUAUUAGAAAAUAUUAUAAUUAAGUAAUAGUCAUAUUUUGAUAUUGGAAUCUUAAAAUAAAGUUUUAAAUUUAUAAGGCUAUUAACCUACAAAAGAUUUAGUUAAAGUUGAAAAAAUAGAUAAUAGUGCUAUAUUAACAUGGAGAUCUGAUGACAAUUUUAGAUAAUAAGUAUUAAUCCCUUAAAAUAUUGAUUAAUUUAUGGAUUCAAUUCUACUCUAUAAAACUGGUUCUUCUGGAAAAAAAAUAUAAGAAGAAGAAGUAACAUUAUAAAAGUUUGAGAAUUUUGAAAUAUAAAAACUCCUUGAUUCUGUAACUUAUUAUGAGAAAUCUUUAGAGUAAGAAUUAAACUCAUAGACAUUGAAUUCUCUUAUGGACUCAUAUUAAUAAGUAAAUAUUUAUCUAAUUAGGCUAUUGAAUAUUUUUCUGCAGUUUCUGAUGAAGAUUUUAAGGAAUAUGUUAUGCGUCUUUAAACUUUACUAGGAAGAGAAGAUGUUUAAAAAAUACUAUCCAAUAAAUUGUGAU